CUUCAUCUCUCUUCCGUUUUUGCAGCUGGCGGAGCCCUUGCCAUGUACAGUACUUUGGGCCUGCUGGUGCUUACAUGUGGUCCGGUCUUGGUUGCCUUCAUCGUGGCAUGUAUUCUUCUUCGAUUUGCGGAGAAGGAUGCGAGCUGGCUGUCAUUUCUCACUUGUGUGGCUGGAGUGGCCAUUGCUGUCAGUGUGGUGGCGGUGAUGCCCUACGAUGUUUGGCAGGCCCUUUCCGCGAAGGAUCACCAUAGCCACUCGGGUGGCUCAUUGCUCCGAAACACCUGGGCUGCGACUUACUGGACGACUGCAUUGCUUAGCUACCUCCUGUGUCCCAUCCUCAUGGAGUUUGAGGCCUCCGGAGACUUCACUGUGGCUGCGCGCUUAAGAACCUCUUUGCGGCGCAAUGCUGUCUUCUACGGUGUCUAUGCACUCAUCAUGGUGCUCCUGCUCAUCAUCCUGGUUGCCCGCGGCGAGGUGCAUGGAGACCUUCAAAGCUGGUGUAUUGCUGCAUCCAACGCUUGGGGUCUUUUUGUUCUCACUGUGCUCAUGGGCUUUGGCUUAGUUGCGGUCCCACGGCACUUUUGGAGCUUAUCCAACCCUGGCCUCCUUCUUCAAGAUUUGUACAGAAAUGCCGUGGUGAAGGACGAAACUCGACUCAGUCGCCUCUUCGAGCUUCAAGAUGCUGUUGCUCAAGCCAGAGCCGAGCUGGCGGCCCAUGUGCAGCUGGAAGAUGAGGGCCCCACUGCGGCGACACAACGUCGGGCCUUUGCGACAGUUUCACAGAUGACGGAUCGAUGUGAAUGCCUUCACAUGGAGCUCAGCGGCGCACGAAUGCCAGUCAGAGAUAAAGGCAUUGGAGGCAUCUCCCAGUCACCAUCCGCAACGCUUGCCUUACAUCCACCGCCAUCGCUUGCCAGAUUUGCUGAAGUUCACCGAACCUUGAAAGCUGCAGCUUUGGAGGCAAGACGCGCAUCUUGCUGCUUCGACAGCCACAUACAGCGCUGCAUUUUUUUCGAGGAUCUAGAGCAAGGAGAUCAUCGGGCUGCAGUCAGCAUGCUUGGAGUUCGUCGCGCGACGAUGCCCAGCCAAUUCCGCUUUUUUGGCUCCAACAAUCUGCGUCAAAGUCUUCUGAGCUUCUGGCUUCGACAUAUCCGAGCACGUGCUUUGCUUGGUCUUGGUCACGCCUCCUGCAUCCUCAGUGCCAUAGUUGUGCUGGGGCAACUCACUCUAUUUGCAGAUGGCUGGCAUCUUUCGUUGCUUUCCUUGUUCUUCCGGCAAGACUAUGGGCCUUGCUUGACUCAGGCGUUUUGCUUAGUGCCUUUGGCCUAUAUGGCCUACACUGCCUACUUUAGUAUUUUUCGCUUGAAGAUUUCUGGAUGGUACGGUUUGUAUGGAAACCACAGCACGGACACGGGCAGCUUACUUUGGUGUGCAUCCAUCUUGGCCCGUUUGGCGGCACCUUUGUGUUACCACUUCCUCCUGCUGAUUCGCGUGAACGGCACCACCUUCCAGGCUUUUAUGGGUCAGAUGAACAUGGUGCCUGUGCUGGGCGCGUCAUUCAAUCAGGUGUUUCCUUGCCUAAUAGCGUUGCUUUGUUGCUGCAAUGUUUUCAACGUAUAUUCCCGCUUCCUGCAGUUCUUUACAUUGGGGGUGAUGGAGUUUGAGUUCGGAGAGGGCGGUGAUGGCGAUGAUCCGCUCGGAGCCGUGCACGUGCGCUAAGCUCAGCGGCUGAGUGACGGUCCAAAUUCCCGAGGCUAAGUGACGGGAAGCAGCUUGUUGACCAAGAGAGAAGACGACGGGCGGAGGAGUGUGACAUUGAGCUUAACGGAAGAGCUCCCUUUUUUGCGACGGCUCCACCGGCGGGAUGAUCGAGCUCAGCAGUUCCAAAGUGAGGACUCAGUGUUUCUCUGUGGACUGUCUUUGAGCCACUCAUGUCAGACUCAUGUCAUGUUUCACACUGGCCUGGCUGAUUCAAUUUGAGAUUGAUAGAUAGCUGGUACUUAGCCAUUAAUAUUUGAUGAUCAAGGUCAUUUAUACCAUGAUGGAAUUGCUGGACCAGGUCAUGAAUUGCAAUGAGGCUUCCUCUCAGCACCCUGCUUCACCUGCAG